AACCCAAAUAAUACGGUAGAAAUAGUUACGGAGCAUGAUACAGAAAAGUCCGAAACCAAUAAAGAGGUCAAGAUGCAGACACCAACUACGACAACCACUACCACCACCAAGGCACCGUCCACCACCACUACGACCACGACUACACUGGCGCCAAUUCUUACUGCUACCGAAGCCCCAGCUAACAAGACGAAGCUCAAACAGUCACGUCUUCGCGAAGUCGACGGCAGCCUCAGCAGCUCUGCAUGGGCGUUUGCCCCGCUGGUGCUCGCCGCAUCCGCGCUGGCGUACACCGCUGUGGGCUGA